UUCAUGUGUAGCAAUAGUAUUCCAUAAAACACCCAAAACUAUCAUUGGGAUCACAUAAAAAGCCCCUUUUUGACUUAGUUUUCUAUAUUUAAUAAUAUUAGUCAUGGUAAAGUUUGAAAAAAUGAUAUUCUGGUACAUUCUAUUGCUUCUUCCCGCCAUAGUAUUAGGCGAGUGUAGUUGUGAUCCGGAGGAUGAAGACAGAAACAAAAAAGAAGCACUCAAGUACAAAAUGGCAGCACUCGCUUCCAUUUUGGUAGCGAGUUCACUUGGGGUGUGUAUUCCUGUUCUGGGCAAGGCGAUUCCCGCCUUAAGCCCAGAGAGGAAUUUCUUCUUUAUAAUUAAAGCUUUUGCGGCUGGUGUGAUCCUAUCAACGGGGUUUAUACAUGUGCUUCCUGAUGCAUUUGAAAGCUUGACAUCGCCGUGUUUGGCAGAACAUCCGUGGGGAGAUUUCCCUUUUAGUGGAUUUAUUGCAAUGGUUUCAGCACUGGCGACUCUGAUGGUGGAUACUUAUGCAACUUCGUAUUAUAGUAAGAAAAAUUUGAAAAAUGGAGUGGUGGCGACUGAGGCUGGAGAUGAACAAGGAGUUGUUCAUGGUCAUGUUCAUGGUUCAGGAGCAAUGAUGGCUGAUUCGGAGUCCGAGCUCCUUCGUUACCGUGUUAUCUCUCAGGUUUUGGAACUUGGGAUAAUAGUGCACUCUGUGAUUAUUGGAAUAGCUUUGGGUGCUUCUGAAAGUCCCAAAACUAUAAAGCCUCUUGUUGCUGCUUUGACUUUUCAUCAAUUUUUCGAAGGCUUGGGACUAGGUGGAUGCAUUGCUCAGGCGAAAUUGAAGACUCGCACAAUUGCAAUAAUGGCUUUAUUUUUCUCGCUCACAACUCCAAUUGGAAUAGGAAUCGGACUAGGAAUAACAAAUGGUUAUGAUGAAAACAGUCCAACGGCUCUUAUUGUGGAAGGAGUAUUUAAUUCGGCUUCAGCUGGCAUUUUGAUUUAUAUGGCACUAGUUGAUUUUUUAGCUGCCGAUUUUAUGCAUCCAAGAAUGCAAGGCAAUGGAAAGCUUCAAUUAGGGGCUAAUAUUUCACUUCUUCUUGGUGCUGGACUCAUGUCAAUGUUAGCCAAAUGGGCUUAAUUGUUACCAAUAUAG